AUGGAAGAAGGAGGAACUCCUAUCAAAGGCUUUCAGCGUCUCGACAAGAACGACGUCGAAGCAUUCUUCCAGACUUGGCUAUACUUCGGCACCUUGGUUUCUGUUUUCAAUAUUGGGGGAGUUGCAAUCAAAGAGAAUGACUUUCUAGAAGCGCACGGGGUUGAAACUUACUUGACAACCAACCGCCUCAAUGCAAAUAUCGCCACCUGGCAAAGUCAAUGGGCCGGCCGGAGCGCCCCAACCCAGCGGAAGAGUGCGUGA